AUGGGAAAGCUCGUCAAAUUACUCGGCGCAGGUAUUGGCUUCACAUCAGAGGCUAUCCAGGCUGCUCGCUCACGAUCAGGAGAGCCAUCUUCUGCUCAACCUUCUACCUCAUCUACACCACAUGAUACUCAAGAUGCUCCACCUGCUUAUGGCGAUUCGAUUCAUCCAACCGGCUUUGGAGAGUCCUCUCGUAGCACAUAUGCCCAAGGUGAUCUGACUGGUCCUGACGAGAAGCAUCGCUCCAAAGCGGCCGAGGCCGGGUAUGACUCGGAGAGUGACAGCUUAGAUUCAGACCACCACGAUGCCUUUGAACAAGAUGAAGCUGAGUGGGAGCUCGAUGAAAUGGCGGAGCGGGUCAGACCGCCAACAUAUGAAGAGUCUGAGGCUCUGCCAGCGGGUGUGUCGGAAGGCGACCGAAUGAUGAGAGAGGAGCAAAUGAUACGUGAGCUCGUGCAGAUGGCCGGUCCCUCUCAACCAGCCCAAAGGCUUCCCUGCCCCGUUAUUAUCCCACAACGUCGACCCAGAAAGAAACAAUAUGGCUUCGUGCGGGCCUACGCCCCGGUCCUCGCUGAAUGCGGUGUCAAUCAGGAACUUUUCUUGCAGUUUCUCGUGGAUUGGGAGAAGGCAAGCAAGUCCGAUAAAUGGAUCGAUGUUGUCUAUAUGGCCGCAAAUGUCGUCGGGUUUGUUCCCGAAUUAGCAGCGCAGAUUAUCAGUCCCAUCGUGGCCACAGCAGCUGGAACAGCGAGAGAACUUCAGUCCCGAUCACGCCGGAAUACGUUCCUUGAUAAAUUCAACGAAGAUAUUCUCAUGCCUCGCGGGCUAUUCGGCAUGGUUAUGUCAUUCAAAGAAUCAAUCCCAGGCGAACAAAAAGGUGCAUUGCAAAAGCUUUCGAGCACUAUAGGCCAAACAAUAUUUACGAGCAAAAAGCUUAAUAUUGACGAAGUGGCUGCAAAAUACAGCAACCCGGAUCCAAAUCUGUCCAAGACGAAACAAAAAAUGAACAAUAUCCGACUCGCCAGCGGUCGGAUCGACGGAGAGGUUGAACUCCCCGAAGCGGCUGAACUCAUCUAUCCCGACCUAGAUCGGUUUGCAGAACAGGCGGCCAAGGCUCAGGAUGAUGGAAAGGUGGCUAGUAUGGGUGAUAAAUUCAAGAAUGCAAGCUCGUGGGUUCAGGACUACUUUGAUCGCAGAGGGCAGGCGUUUCAUGAUGCUGAGAAUGAAGACCCUUCUCGAGCUUCGCAAUCGACACAGCAAUCACAAUUUCGAUCACGAUACAAUGACCCCAACCACCCCGCCAACAGUGGCUCUCUGGUUGCACUCUUGACUGGUGGAGCCAUUAACCCCGUGCCCAGAAGGAAAGCUCGACGAAUGGCAAGACGCGAAAGACGGUAUGAUAGACGCGUUGCCCGCGGCAGCCCAGCGAGAGAUCCGCGACAGAAAAGGAAACGUCGCAAGGGAACUGUCAAAAGACUCUUACAAGAGGAUAUCCUCUACUUUUUUAUUGUCAAUAUUCCAAGCCAGGAAGAGGUUCAACAGUCGAUUGAUCAGUUGGAGCGCUUGAUGUCCGAGCAUGGUGCACCUUCGCCAUCUCAUUCAAGUUGA